AUGACAAAUAUAAAAGAGAUUUGGCUGUUUGAAACUUCCAUAGGAGAAUUGCCAUUUUCAUUUCAAAAUCUCAGUGAACUUGUAUCUUCAAAAGUGGAAUAUCUUAAUCUCGGAAAGAAUAACCUCUCAGAGGAAUGCCUUACAAUAGUUCUCACACGGUUUGCUAAUGUGAAAUAUCUAUACUUAUGGAAUAACAAUUUCAAAAUUCUUCCCAAGUGCCUUGAUGAAUGCCACCUUAUUAGAAUCCUUGAAUUGGAUGGCUGCAAGUCUCUUGAGGAAAUUAGAGGGAUCCCACCGAAUCUAGAAAAGUUUUCUGCCAUCCGAUGUGAAUCAUUAACUUUCUCGUGUAGAAGAAUGUUAUUGAGUCAGAAACUACCUGGGGCUGGAUGCACUGAGAUUUGUUUGCCAACCGAAACAGAGGACAUUCCAGAUUGGUUUGAGCACAAAAUUGAGGGACAUACAAUUUUUCAUGUAGCAAGACGUCUCCCUCCGUUGGGAAAGUUUCUAAGGCAGAAGAUGUGCAGCAUCACCAACAGCAUAAGUGUGUUUUACUAUCAAGACCUUGCCCUCGGUUGA